CAAGGACCGUAAUAUAAUGGCCACCACUACUCUCACUUUAUUCCUAGGGGUUUUAGCCCUAACGAGUAUCCUUAGCUUCAACGCUGAAGCUAGGCCUCAACCAAGCGAUGAGGAUCUCGGUAUCGUGAUUGGACCUAACACUGGGUUGGAUGACGAUCUUGGCAUCGUUAUUGGACCGCAUGUAAGCGAAGACUUGGACAUGGUUGGACCGCACACCAACCUAGAAGAUGAAGAACUGGGCACCAUCAUUGGACCCGAGUUCGAGAUCCACAAGCAUGAUUUCCCCAAAGAUUUCAUCUUUGGAACAGCCGUUUCCGCAUUUCAGGUUGAAGGGGCUAAAAAAGGAUCUGGGAGAGGCUUGACAAGAUGGGAUGAAUUUACACACAUGUUUCCUGACAAGGUUGAACGCGGGGAUGAUGCAGAUAUCGGAGUCGACUUCUAUACCCGUUACAAGGAUGAUAUAAAAUUAAUGAAGGAGUUGAAAACGAAUGGGUUCAGAUUUUCAAUCUCAUGGACCAGAGUGUUGCCUAAUGGAAGUGUAAGGAAAGGUGUAAACAAGGAGGGGGUGAAGUUCUACAACGAUCUUAUAGAUGAACUUAUAGCCAAUGAGAUCCAGCCUUCUAUUACUCUCUUUCACUGGGAAUCUCCAUUUGCUCUAGAAAUGGAAUAUGGUGGUUUUGUAGACGAAAGAAUUGUAGAGGAUUUCCGGGAGUUUGCUAAAUUCUGCUUUGAGAAUUUCGGAGAUAGGGUGAAGAACUGGGCAACAUUUAACGAGCCAUCGGUAUAUAGUGUUGCUGGUUAUUCAAAAGGCAAGAAAGCGCCAGGACGGUGCUCUCCAUUUGAAGUCCUCAAUUGUCCCUCAGGAGAUUCCUCCGAAGAGCCUUACAAAGUUACUCAUAACCAGAUCCUUUCUCAUCUUGCUGCUGUUGAAGAAUUUCGAAAAUGUGUCAAGUGCCAAGAGAACGGAGGAAAGAUUGGAAUAGUGUUGGUAUCUCACUGGUACGAGCCUAAAGAUCCAAAUUCUAGUAAAGAUGUUGAGUACGCAAGACGAGCCCUCGAGUACCAACUCGGAUGGUUUCUUCGUCCUCUCACGUAUGGACAUUAUCCAGCGGUAAUGCAAAAAGAUGUAAACAUCCGAUUGCCUGAAUUUACCGAAGAAGAAUCAGAGAAACUAAAAAAAUCUUUGGACUUUGUCGGAUUAAAUUACUAUGGUGCAUUUUUCACUACCCCUCUCACCAAUACCAAUUCGUCGGAGCUUAGUUAUACCAACGACUUAGGAGCAAAAAUAUCACCUGAGCAAAACCAUUCACCACAUCUCAAGACAACUUCAAUGGGGAUAGUGAUAUAUCCAGCGGGUUUGAUGAAUCUCUUGAGACAUAUCCAAGACGAAUACAAGAAUCCAGAGAUUUACAUUAUGGAGAAUGGGAUGGACGAAAUCGACAACGGAACCAAGACCUUAGCCGAAGCCACAAACGACUACGGGAGAAAAGAGUUUAUCAAGAGUCACAUCUUAAUCAUGGGUAAAGCCAUCAGGCUGCACAAUGUGAGGUUAAAGGGUUACUUCAUAUGGUCGUUAAUGGACAACUUCGAGUGGGAGAGAGGGUAUAAAAUGAGGUUUGGGCUCUAUUACGUAGAUUUUAAUGAUAACUUGAAACGACACAUGAGGUCAUCUGGAAAGUGGCUAAGCGAGUUUCUUGAUUCGAAAGAGUCUCUUCACAAAUGCUACUUCGAAGGCCAUCGUGAGAAAGGAUAUGCUCCCAAGCUGUUUGACACUGAGUAUUUGGAUCCUGAUAACUGGCGUCUAAGCUAUGCAAGCGAUAUCUGAAGAAAUUGUGAAAGAAUGAUAUGAUCAUCUAUCUACUCUUUUCUGUUUAAAGUAAAGCCUCAGCCAAUCAUAUAGUUUAUAAUAUACAGUGUGCUCAGAAUAAAAAAGAAUAAAAAACUGAGAUGGUCAUAUCUAUGUAUUUGUGUUUUUGUGUAUUUGUGUAUUUGUGUGGGCAGUCUGUAUACACUUACCAAUAAUAAAGAAUAAGGCUAUUAUGGAAUGUUAA